GUUACAAUCAAAGAUAUUAUUGACGCUACUGUAUAUAUGUGGUGAAACAUAUUGCAUUUUUGCAUUUGUAAUUUUAAUCAAAAAAAAAAUAUUUUUAAAGUUUAGUAAACAAAGUAUUAAGUGCGUCUAAUAGUUUAGUUCAAAAGCAAAUACAAACUCUCUAGUUUGCCAUGUAAUGAAGUUGAGAAAAUUUCUUUAUUUUCGGUAUUCCUCGUGUUAGCAUUUGGUAUACAAUAGUCAAGUACUUUGUUUAGAACUGACAAGAAAGAUUUAAUUAACUUUCAACAAUAGCAGUUCAAUCAGCUUUACUGUCGGUCCAUUUGACUGGCUAGUCUCCUUUGAGACUUACGGAAGAUAAAAUUUUGAAAUAAUGCGAGAAUUUAAAGUGGUUGUGUUGGGUUCGGGCGGUGUCGGCAAGUCUGCCCUUACUGUUCAAUUCGUUUCCGGGUGCUUUAUUGAAAAGUACGAUCCCACCAUUGAAGACUUCUACCGAAAAGAAAUAGAGGUAGACAAUUCCCCUUGCGUUCUGGAAAUUUUAGAUACGGCUGGUACAGAACAGUUUGCGUCAAUGAGGGAUUUAUAUAUUAAAAAUGGACAUGGGUUUAUUGUAAUGUAUUCGUUGACAAACCAUCAAACUUUUCAGGAUAUAUCAAGCAUGAAAAAUGUAAUAACGAGAGUUAAGGGAAGUCAACCGGCUCCAAUUUUACUAGUCGCAAAUAAAAUUGAUUUAGAUUGCCAAAGAGAAGUUUCUACUGAAGAAGGAAACGCUCUUGCACGACAAUGGGACUGUCCGUUUAUUGAAGCAUCAGCAAAAGAUAGAAUAAAUGUGAAUGAAGUAUUUGCAACCAUAGUACGCGAAAUGAAUAUGACACAGGAGAAACGUCAGAAAAAAAGUUACUGUUGUUGUACACUUUUAUAGAAAUAUUAAAAAUCGUAUUAAUAUAAAAUUAGCUCAAAAGUGUACGAGUAAUUGUAUUAUUUCAGUUCAAUAUUUUUUUGCUCCUAACUUUACUGUUUUUUUCCAAAGCCAUGCAAAUAUACGUAUAUAAAUGUUAUUUGUAUAACUUUAACGAAAGACUGGAAAUUCUUUAAAAUAUCAUAAACCACUUUUUAUCACGGUGGCAUCAAGCUUCAUUAAUAGGAUCGAUUUGAAAAAAAGCGAAUGCGUAUAAUACAAAUUUAAAUUUGAAAUCGAAUAAUAAAGUUUCCAAUAUACGGGAAAUAUAA